AUGGCAUCUAGUAUCUAUCUAGUAACAAUGGAUGCACCCUCUUAUAUUAUAUAUAAAAGAAAGGAUGCGAGUCUUGUAUUGCGGGGGAAAAAGAGGAAGAGAAAAGAAUGCGACUCUUGCAACCUUUUCAGUGUCGCAAAAACAAAGAUGGUAAAAACAGUAACUAUUUGAAUGUAUGUUACUCAACGACAAGGGGGUCAAAUCCAAAAGAACAUGCAUGAGUAGCAUGACUCCCAAAGAAAGCUUCACCAUCACACUCUCUCUCGCUUUCUUCAACAAGCCUCGCCUUUCUUCCAUUCCAUUCCAUUCCAUCGGUCGGCUGGUAAUGUUCUUCCUCCCUUCCCUUGUGAAGGUUCCCUCCACUCCCACUUCAAAACAACAACAGCACGCACGGCAAUCAACCAAGCAUCCUUCCCGCUCCACUCACCGAGAGCAGCACGCGCGCAUGGCCAAGCUGGCGUCGUCCUCCAGCUUCGCGCUCCACUUCAUACGCCGCCUCCUCUGCGCGCACAGCGCCGGCAAUGACAGCGCCGGUGAGGGCGCGACAGGAGGCCCGGCGCAGGAACCGGAGGCGAGGAGCCCCUGCAUUGUGGCCAGGCUGAUGGGCCUGGACGCGAUGCCCGCGGAGGCGCCGCACGACCAGCCGCAGGCACUGCGGCGGAGCCGGUCCGCGAGCUACGCGGAAGGGUGGCCACCGCCGUGCUCCGGGGGCGACGCGCCGCGGCCGCGGGCCAUCCGGACGUCGGCGUCGCUGAGGGAGAAACCGGCGUACCUGAGGCAGGAGAACGAGGAGUUCCUGCUCCUCAGCUUCAGCCCGGAGGAGCGCAGCACCAAGGAGGGAGUUUCGCUCUUGCUCGCCGACGCGGGGACGAGGCGCGGCGAGAGGAGACGGGACAGAGCCAAGGAGCAGGGGAGGGGGCACCGCCGCAAGCUGCAGUUCGGCGACCAGGAGGCGGAGUCGUCGUUGGGCCGGCGAAGGGCGGCGGAGUGUGACACGCUGAACUCGAGCCCGGUGUCGGUGCUGGAGGCGCGAGAUGGAUACGAAGCGUCGUCCACCACCACCACCACUUGGUCUUCCUUGGAAGAGGUGGAGCAAGCAGAGCCCUGCUCGGCUACCUCAGAAGAAGCUCAGUUCACACUAGAGCAGCUGAGCUCAAGGAGGAAGCUGCGACCGAAUUUCGACCAGUUCGACAACCUGUCUCCUGCAGGAAGCACUUGCCAUGCCUCAAGAUGUUCAGACAGGGAGAGGACGAACAGAAGAGUGGUGAACAAGGCUGAGGUGAUCACCCCAGAUGUGACUGGCAUCUGGCUACCCAUUUGUCGACUGGUUGAGGAAGAUCUCAAGAAGAACAUGGAAUGGCUUACUCGGGAUGGCGCAAAAGUCGUCGCCGAGAUGGAGUCAGGCAUCCUUGAUCUGCUCAUAUGCGAGGCAACGGAUGAACUCUUGCAGCUAAGCUCCGAUGCCUUGUGUGCUCCGAUGUACAGUUCUAAACUUGAUCGGCUCAUCUUGGACAUGGCUAAGCUCCGAUGCUGUGUGUACCUGUGUCCAAGAAAUGUUCAGGCAAGACGACCAAUUGGAGGUAGCCAUGUCCAAGAAAUGUCCAGGCAAGACAAGCAAUUGGAGGCUACUGAACAAGGAUUCAUGAAAUGUCAAUCGCCCUCCGGUUGUGACUUGUGUCCUAAAAUAUGAUCGUAAGCUGGUUUAGCAUGAUAUCAAGUUCUUGACAACAUGAAGUGAAAAUGCAAACAUAGCAGCAGACAAUAUUCAGAGAUUGUUGAACCUGAAGAUCUCAGGAACCUGCACUCUCUGUACUGCCAAGUUUAAAACUGUACAUUCUUUUACUCUACUUCAACUCCAUGUACUAGCACCUGAAUAACUGAAUGACAUCUGAGUUAGUUACAUAUAAA